GUAUGUGCCAAGAUUUCAGUUAAACAUUCCUUACAAGACUACACCACACUUAUGGUUUACAAAUCACUAGUUUUAUCAAAUGUUGCAAGAUCUUGCAUGGAUAUGAACGUGAUUUAUUUCAAUACUAGCUAAUCGUUUUAAUCUGAAAUCUCGAGAUUUGAGUGAUCGUCCAUAUCUGUCUUUGAGUCUGUACUACAUAUUACGUCGUGACGCUCGAAAAUGUUACUUCAAGGUUUAAUCAAAUGUGCUCUGCGAUACAACCGAUCUUCUAUCCCAAACUUAUGUCGUCAUUAUGCAGCUCAUGUACAGCGUCCAGCUCCUGACUUUUGUGGAACGGCAGUGGUGGAUGGCCAAUUUAAAGAAAUAAAACUGAGAGAUUAUGCUGGCAAAUACUUAGUCCUCUUUUUCUAUCCUCUGGAUUUUACCUUUGUGUGCCCAACUGAGUUAACUGCAUUUUCUGAUCGAAUUGAUGAGUUCAAAAAUGAAGGAGUUGAAGUCGUCGGCGUUUCAACUGAUUCACAUUUCAGUCAUCUCGCUUGGAUAAAUACUCCACGUAAAGAAGGUGGUUUAGGCGGUCUACGCUAUCCACUCUUGGCAGACUAUCAAAAAAAAAUUACACGUGAUUAUGGGGUCCUUCAAGAAGAGUUAGGUGUUGCUCUUCGCGGCUUAUUUAUCAUUAAUCCUGACGGUAUAGUCCGCCAGAUUACUAUUAACGAUCUUCCUGUUGGAAGAUCUAUUGACGAAGUUUUGAGAUUGGUUAGAGCCUUCAACUUUACAGAUAAACAUGGUGAAGUUUGCCCAGCAGAUUGGCAACCAAAAGGCCCAACAAUAAAACCAGAUCUGAAAAAGUACAAAGAGUAUUUUCAUAAAGUUAAUUAAACGUAUCAUUGUUCCCUGUGAAGUCAAAUUUAAACCUGACACAGACAUGUAUUAAUACACGUUGGUUCAUAUUCAGAAUAUUAUAUAUAGUACACUGGUAUUCAUUAUGUAACAACAGUGCU